AAAGAAUAGUUAUAUCUUCAAAAAUUGUCGCAUCAUUGCCCGUCGAGCCACUACACUGUUGAGUUUUGUCGUGCGGUGAAUCAUAAAUUUUUUUAACGGUCUAACGUAAGAUUUUUGCGUUCUCGCGCUUUGCGCCAAUUAUACCAACGAGAUUCAAAGUUUAGUCCGACAAAAUUAUAUAUUCCGAAUGUUCCGUUAAAGAGGCUGAUCUCAAUUUUUAAUCGCCGUACUCGGUAAAGUUUCGGUAACAUCAUUUUAAGUCUGUCCUACCCAUAGAUAUAUUUUGUAAUUUACAUAAAUUUCCUCGACACAUCUACAAAAGUAGACGUUCGUGAAAGGAGGCGCCAUUUUUCAACGUCGGACUAGUCUAUUUGAUGAUAUGAAAUUUAUUUGAGAAAAUUGCUAAUGCAUCUUGAAGCUUGAGAAACUAAUUAUAUUAUCUCUCCUUAUUGUUAGUUGAAAAUAACGCUAUAAGCGAUGCGAGAGAUUCAUUGUCGCAUCCGAGGGACAUUAACCGUCAAGUAGCGAGUGUCGACGUUUGAGUGGACGCGCGGGCGACGACCCAUAAAAGGGGGACCGCGAGAGUGGCGGGCGCACAGUCGCGCACCGUCUAUCCGUUGGUACGGAACGCGCGGUAUUCCAUUCUCUGUUCGGCGUAUCGGGUUAUCAUUUAGCAUCAGAAGCAACAGUUAUGUUAUCCAAAAUCAUCGCAUCGCUGGCCGCCAACCCGCUGCGCUAUUGAAAUUUCGUCGUGCGUACGUAUGGCGUAUGGCUUACCCUAUGGCAUGGCAUCGCAGAACGUCGCACUGUGCGUCUUUAUCGCCGCUUUUCUCCACGUCAGUCUCGGUCAAACGCCGCCCAAAUCCGAGGUCCUGCCCGAAUUUCUGGCACGUUUGGAAAAUCACACGGUUGUUCAAGGUCGCGACGUCUUCUUCACCUGCGUCGUUAAUCAUCUUCAGUCUUACAAGGUCGCCUGGAUAAAGUCGGAU